UGAGUCCCAGACCCGAUGGUUUAAAACUCAUGCUGAGGGUUGGUGGCCGCAUCUGAGCAGCAGACGCAAAGAUGCAGAUCUUCGUGAAGACCCUGACGGGCAAGACCAUCACCCUCAAGGUCAGGCCCAGUGACACCAUCGAGAAUGUCAAGGCCAAAAUCCAAGACAAGGAGGGCAUCCCACCCAACCAGCAGCGUCUGAUAUUUGCCGGCAAACAGCUGGAAGAUGGCCGCACUCUUUCUGACUAUAACAUCCAGAAAGAGUCCACCCUCCAUCUGGUGCUGCGUGUGCGAGGCGGCAUCAUAGAGCCCUCCCUGUGCCAGCUCGCCCAGAAGUACAACUGCGACAAGAUGAUCUGCCACAAGUGUUAUGCGCGCCUGCAUCCCCAUGCCCUCAACUGCCGCAAGAAGAAAUGCAGCCACACCAACAACCUGCGUCCCAAGAAGGUCAAAUAAGGCCCCUCCCCGCAGGGCAGCCCCUGCCCGAGCCCCAUGGCCCUGCGGCCUCAAUAAAGUCCCCCUCAUUGACUGGA